AUGCAUGGUACCGCCUGCCUUUGCAAGGAUAUUCAGCUGAAGGUCAUAGAUUCCGGUCAGUCUCGGUCGCUCCUACCAGUUGCCCAUUCCGAGGUUGAAAACCCACCGUUAGUGUCCUCUACAACCUCCGCAAGCUGGCGACUCAGCCCGCCAACACGCGACGUCCUUUCCUCGCCAUUAUCCUCGUUAUCCAUGCCAGUUCUUGAUCAAAUCUUGUUCGACGCAACAAAAGAAUUCAACAUUGAUCGUCGUAAGCCAGUAGAAGGUGCAGGUGAGAAAGGAAAACCUCAACUCACGUUGAUCGAUCGUGAAGCGGCCUUCUUGCUACGAACGUACCAACAAGGGAUAGGGGUGUGGAUGGACGUUUUUGAUUCCUCGUUGUCGUAUCAACAUGGUCUUCUCACUUUGGUAGCUUCAUCUCCGUUGCUCCUGUACUCAACAUGCGCUCUUGCGGCUCGACAGUUAAGUCUCAUUUCUUGUGCUCAAACUUGGACAUCUGUAGCAGAGAAAUACUACGGCAACAGCUUGAGCUUACUAAGACUGGAACUCGCGGAUCCUGCCAUGAAUCCACAACAGACUAUGGUUGCGUCGAUCCUCCUAAGCAGCUAUGAGCUGCUCAAGUCUCCGAAUCAUGAUAACUACCAUCAGCACUUUAGAGGCGCAAAAUCGCUCGUUGAGGCACUUCGUGCCUAUAACUCCAAGAACCGGUUAAUGAUGGCAUCAUUCUGGAUCUACGCAAGGCAUGAAGUUGGCGAGGCAAUGAACCAAGAACGCCCCGUAAUGCUCAAACCGGCAUUGUGGCCAAGACCAGACGAUUCCAACACCCGAAUCAGUGAUGCAGAUGUGCUCUGCAACGAUGUGCUCAGAGUAUGCUGUGAAGUUAUUGAUUUUAUCUUUGGGUCCAGUGACAACGGACGUGGUAGGAAAUGGGUGAAAGAGUGGCUCGGGUUACACUCGGAUCUCGAAGGUUGGUUGGAUAGGGUUCCUUGUGCUCUAAAUGGGAUUGAGUACGGUCAUCAUGAAUCACGGCGAUUCUGGUUCGCAAGACCCGCAUUUGCCAGCGCAAUGUGUUUUUAUCACGUGUCCAAAUUGUUUCUGGCUCUGCACGCACCGCCCUCGACAAAGGCUGCACUCAAGCACCCACGGAACUUCAGCGAGCAAAUACAAAACCACGCCCAGCAAAUCAUUGACAUCGCUCUUUCUGACUCGCCGGAGAGUGUCCUUGUGACAUUGGUACAACCAAUGUUCCAUGCCGCUAAGCACAUUCAUGAUCUGAAAAGAAGAGAAGAAGCAGUACAGCGACUCGAGCAAAUCCGUAUUCAAACAGGAUUUCAUACAGAAAGCAAAGUGCAGCUGUUGAAGUCUUUUCACAGAACGUCGAGUUAG